GCCUUCCCCCAAUAGUCAAUGGCACGCACUCUGUAAAAGCCGGAGACUGAGCUUCCUGCAAACGAAAAGGUUAGAAAUGUCACUGUGAAACGCUGACACCUGAGGUACCUGGAGGAUGUGGAGCAGGCACUACUCCUAUAAAAUGCAGUUAUGUGGGGACAGGAUCAACAACGAAGCGGAACAAGAAGCAAGCACACAGGUUGACUGAAAACCCUGUGCUCAACUCAGGAAGCAGCACCACUUACUUUAAAGUGGAGCAUCUCACCAGCUUAAGAUUGCCAAGCCAUAAAAGGAACGUGUGACCCUCCUGGGGCGGAUCAGAUCAUGGUAAAUGUGAGACAACCGACCCCUCCAUGGAAAGAAAGCUGUGCUCCUGAGGUACUGUGCUACUGAGUGCUGAGAGAAAAACUGUUGUGGAACUACUGCAGCUACUCUGUGCCUUCGAAAGUGCCCUUUUAGUGUCAUGUCCUAGGACUCUCCAGAAGAAUAAUGCUGUCUUGCCCUCAAGUGCAUGUCAAUAUUUUGACCAGCAUGUUUUGGAAUCCUUGAACAAAACAAGUCUCUGGAGAACCAAUGAAACUACUCGAUCAUUUAUUUGGCAAGGAACACAUAAUUGAAGUAAACUGAGACAAUGGAAAGACAACCUGAGGCUACCAGCAUGGAAAACAGCACCUCUUCCUUCUUUAUCAUGGAAAGAAAGACACAUGUGAAGAUUAACAGGAAAGAAGUCAUGCUAGCUAAGCUGAGAAAGAACUGCUCCUGUACCCCACAGAAACUGAAGAACUUUGUUAUGGAUUUCUUUCCUGUUUUACGAUGGCUUCCCAAGUACCGGUGCAAAGAGUACAUUUGGGGGGAUAUUAUGUCUGGGUUAGUGAUUGGGAUCAUUUUGGUGCCUCAAGCAAUUGCAUACUCACUGCUGGCUGGUCUGAAGCCCAUUUACAGUCUUUACACAUCGUUCUUCGCCAACAUCAUCUAUUUCUUAAUGGGCACAUCCUGUCACGUAUCCGUUGGCAUUUUCAGCUUGAUAAGCUUAAUGGUAGGACAAGUUGUGGACCGGGAACUUCUCUUGGCUGGGUUUGACUUGAAUGAUGAUGCCCCACCAGCCUUGGGUGAUGGCUCUCUGCAGAAUGACAGUCUGUCCAACAAAACUGCCUUCAACCUUACAAUUGCGGGGAUAAAUGCUGAGUGCGGGAAAGAAUGCUACGCUAUUGGCAUCGCUACAGCCUUGACAUUUGUAGCUGGAGUGUAUCAGGUUCUAAUGGGGAUCUUUCGUCUGGGUUUUGUAUCUAUGUACCUAUCUGAGUCAGUACUAGACGGCUUUGCAACCGGUGCUUCCUUAACCAUUUUAACAGCUCAAGUGAAAUAUCUGAUUGGAAUAAAAAUUCCACGCAGCCAAGGGCACGGGAUGCUUGUUAUUACCUGGAUUAACAUUUUCCGGAACAUUUCUCAGGCCAACCUUUGUGAUGUCAUCACAAGUGCCAUUUGUAUCGUGGUGCUGGUCACUGCGAAGGAACUGGGAGAUCGGUAUAAGCAUAAACUGAAAUUUCCUCUUCCCACAGAGCUGGUAGUUAUUGUUGUGGCAACACUGGUGUCACACUACGGGAAGUUAAAUGAAGUCUAUGCAUCCAGUGUUUCUGGAGCUAUUCCAACAGGAUUUAUUCCUCCAGAGGUGCCACAGUUCAACUUAAUGCUCCGAGUCGCUGUAGAUGCUUUGCCUCUUGCCCUGGUCAGUUUUGUCUUCACUGUAUCCCUUUCCGAAAUGUUUGCAAAGAAAUAUGCUUACACCAUCCGAGCCAACCAGGAGAUGUUUGCUGUGGGGUUCUGCAACAUCAUUCCUUCUUUCUUCCACUCUUUCGCAACCAGCGCAGCUCUGGCAAAAACCCUCGUCAAAACGUCUACAGGCUGCCAGACUCAAGUCUCUGGAGUAAUUAGUGCAAUGGUGGUUCUGCUGGUGCUGCUCUUCCUGGCACCUCUCUUCUACUCCUUGCAGAAGUGUGUCCUGGCCUGUAUCAUUAUUGUCAGCCUCCGAGGAGCCCUGAGGAAGUUCAGAGAUGUGCCAGCACGGUACCGCGUGAAUAAAGUGGACACACUUGUUUGGGUCAUUACCAUGUCUGCCUCUGCCUUGGUCAGCACAGAAAUAGGGUUGUUGGUUGGCAUUGUUUUCUCCAUGUUAUGCAUUGUUGUUCGGACACAGCGGCCACGGACAGCCCUGCUUGGUCAGAUCCAAGACACAGGCUUUUAUGAGGAUGACUUCGAAUAUGAAAAUCUCUCUGCUGUUCCAAAGGUCAAAAUAUUUCGUUUUGAGGCUCCACUUUACUAUGCAAAUAAAAACUACUUCCUAAAGUCUCUGUACAGACUGACCAACUUAGAUCCUAACCUAGAAGCUGCUAGAAGGAAGAAAUGUGAGAAGAAGGAAAAGCAGCAUCUGCAAAAGGGAGAUCACAGAACUGCUAACGGACUGGGCAUUGGAGAAACCACUCUGCAACUAGUUCCUAAGCAAAUUGAUUUCCAAACCCUUGUUGUAGAUUGCUCAUCCAUCUCAUUUUUGGACAGCACUGGAGUUAAUACUCUAAAGGAAAUCCUGAAAGACUAUAAGAACUUAAACAUUUCCGUUCUCCUGGCUUGCUGCAAUCCCUCAGUGAUAGACUCUCUGAAAAGAGGAGGUUACUUUGGAAGAGAUUUUGGAAGCAUGCAGGAAAUGCUGUUCUACAGUAUACAUAAUGCUGUGCUGUUUGCAAAAGACCAAAAGCUUCCAGCAGACUGCUCAGUUUAACCCUGUGUCUUCCUUGACAAUUCACCACAAAAGCAACAGAUGCAGUGGGGCAAUUUGCAACAGGUAAAUUAUCAGACACACUAUUGGCUACGUACAAGCCAUUCUCCCCUGAAGAGCUCCACUAUUUGUCAGAUGCCACGUAGAACAGCCACCGAGGAUGCAGUCCAGGACAAGCAUGGAACAGGUCAGAUUAUCACCUGCACCUUCACUUCAAAAUGCAGGUGAUGUGCAGUAAGGCAGUUUGGGAUUGGCUUGUCCCUCGUACCAUGAUCAUUUUUGACCCAACAUGCAUGUCAUGGAACUGUUGUGCUCAUGGUCAGCCCAGUGUCACCUGGAUCUCCCAGGGUUAAUGACUGGUUUGUGUUAAUAAGAGGGCUAAGCCAUUCCCAUGAAAAUGCAUCAAUCCAGCAUCCUGGACACAUAAUGGUUUAAAUUCUGGCUUGCAAGGCCCUGCCCCUUCCAUCAUUCCAGGUGUGCUCCUAAACAACUCCCACUCUUUGCACACAAAUAAAAUGUAUAAAAUACUGUGGAAUGUAGCAUGCCUCUCCUCCUCAAUUACACAGGUUCGAUAACAUAACCUGCCACAGGAGAAGAAAUCAUGAUUCAUCACAGGUUCCUCUCAAAAUUUCCAAAAAUUGCUGCUGGAGUCACAUGUUUUAUUGGCUUAAAUCUGUCAUAAUUAGUUACUGAAGGCAGUGAUAUCCCUAAUGAUGUCAGAAGAAACAUGACCGAUGCAAGAUUUUGUAACUAGUAAGAGAAGAUAAACUGGAUUAGGAAAAGCAAAUGGCAUUACCUGCCAGUCACACAACUACCCACGUAGCUGUACCACCAUCCUGUAAAAAUAAGUUGCUUCCGGUAGGCAGAUGCAACUCCAAUUCAGGGAUACAUAAGGACCACCCAACACAAAAACCUCAGAACCGUAAUGCAGUACAUCACCUUCUUCCUACAAAUGCCUGCCUGGGUUCAAAGAAAAACAGGAGCAAAUAGAGUAGGGUGGGAAGGUAAAUCUGUGAGUUGCCUACAAGGGGAUUGAUAGGUCAGUCAGAACUACCUGACUGGUCUUCUCUGAUGCAAUGCUAACUAAGUAUUACAAGUAACAUACUUGGCCCAAGUAAAGGGAGCAAUGCUUUGUAACUUGUGGUCCUCGUAUGUUGGAAAAAUUCCACCACUGUUUGUACAUACUACAGAUGUGGUGGGGUUUUGUUUGCUUUGGUUUUCUUUCUCCUAUCGUAUUAAUCUUGGAUUUGAGGUCCACUAGACCAUGUUUUCCAGGUCUAGUCAGUUUCUGUAAUAAUCUACAUUAACUGCUGUUCAUUGUGCUUUAUAUGUCAUAUGAUACUCCCAGUGUCACUUGUGUUGUUAUAUAUGCAUAUUCUUUUUUUUUUUACAAAUAAGCAUAGUUUUGGAUUUUGAUUUUAACAAAGUUAGUACUCAGUGUUCUGGCUCAUGGCAUAGGCAGAAUAUCCUCUGCUCAAGUUUAUAAUUAAUUACCUGCACAAAAGGUAGCAAAGCUGCUCUGUCUCUCGCAUUUAUCGUGGCUGGUUCAUACAGCACCAAGCACAGAAGGAAAUUGUAUCAGAGCUGUGCCUUGAACAGUUAGCAGACUCUAGAAACAGAGUCCACAUAGAAGCUCUAGAAACAGAGCUCCCAUGUAGGCAGAAGCCAUUUCUUUGCUGUGACAUUAAAAAAAACAACAAACAGAAGUCAGGUCAACACAACAUGUGACUUGCUUGUUUCAACUUUUUAGGUCUCCGAAAGAAAGAACACUCAAACUGAGGCUCUCCAGGUGCCCCAGGCCCUGUCUGGCUCUCAAGAACAAAUAUUUUGUUAAAGGAAAAGUAGUGCAUUACCAAAAGAUAAAACAUAAACUCCCCCUCCCCCAAAAAAAUGUCUUCACAAGGAUUAAGAAUAGCACAGUAUUAGUUGAUUCAAUACUGACACUUUCAUGAACUCGUUACAAAAGCGUAUCAGCUGCACACUGUUAAUAAGGCCAGAGUGGUAAAACCUGUCAGAAAUGUCUCGAGAUUAAAGGAUCGAAAAUUGGCAGUAUUUUCCUGUCACAAACCAAUUCCCUGACAUUAUUAUUUGAAUAGCUGACUUGGUAUGCCUAGCUUUUCUGUUCUAAAAGGAAAUGAGCAGAGCCCAAGGAGAAAAUAUUGCUUUUUGUCUGUGUAACCAUUCUUUGAUCAGGAAAUACCUCUUUUAAGGUCCUUAACUCCUCAUGCAGCAAGCAUGAGGAGUUAAUACCACACAGACACUCUUAGGCUGCUAUGCCAAAACAAGCUGCCCUUGGAAGUCAAAUAAAACAUCCUAGCAAUCCAGACAUUUUUUAGCUUUAUGGAUCAAUCUACCAAUCCAGAACAUAAAGAAAAAAAUGCAAAAAAUACCCUUAACUCUAGAUUAAUCUCAUUUUAAAAGAGAAAAAAAGAGAUUCUAAUGGAGGAUGCAUCCUUGCAACAGUCUUCAGAGAAAAAUGAAGAGAGGCUGAGAAAAUUGAGUCAGAAUUCUCUUUUUCAUCAUAUUUAUUGUAGGAAUGAUACCAAAGGAUACCUAAGUUAAGAAACUUGGCUACACAUAAGAGACAGUAAGCUUUAGGACUUUUACUACAAAGAAAGAAACUACUGAUCAGAAGAAACCAUAAGAACAAUUUUCUGGUUUGGUUUUACUGGCAGAACUGGCUCACAAUCCAGCUGUGUUGGACAAUGUCAAACACAGCAGGGAAACAAUUUCAGUGCUGUGCUGUAGGCAUGCUGGGAGACUGUGAAUUAUUUCUAAGGAGUAUGUAAAAGUUAACUAAAAAAGUAAACCUUUUUCUAGUACAUUUAUGUUUGCUAUACUGUGUUAUACCAAGGUUAAGGACAUGAAGAUUGAAAAUUAACAAAAACUGCUGAUUCUCUUCUCUCCUCAUCUACCAGAGAUUAAGUAUGGUGACUUGGAGAGGGGUUGGGGAUGGUCUUGUAAUUCCAACUAUGUUAAUACUAAUACUGUUGAAAUAAAGAUUGUUAUAUGCCUUUUAGGAAAUGUUAUAUGCUUCAUAUAGAAUGACUGUAUUUUUGUUCACUGUGAUGCCUUGUGAUUUAUCAUGUACCAUGUAUCAAACAGAUUUUAGUACUGCUGCGUAAGAAUGGAAAAGGUUUCCUAACUCGUGGACUCUGUGUGUCCCUUGGAGCUGGGCAAAGAGUUGGGAAUCUUCAGCUCAAACUGUCCUGUUGACUAGUGCAGUAUGGCAAGAAAGUGUGGUUUAGGUGUCAAAAUAGCUCUGUUUAUUGGCACUGGUAACUAACAACCUGGGAACUGUCCAGUCCACCUUGGGUUCCCCAAUAAUCAUCAAUAAUUCUAUGUCACAAGACCAAGAGACAAACAUGUGCUUUUGGCUGGAAAAUAAAACUAGCAGUUCUUUGAAAA